AUAGAGACAGAGGUUAGAAGUGAGAUACACAGAAAGAGAUUAACAGGAUCAGGCCUUACGGUCUCACAGUCAGAGCAGUUCGGUGUGACAGAAAAACUGUACGCCGUCUCACGUGCUGCUAUACAAAGCUCCCAUAAAUGUGCAAUACAGCCUUUGGAUCUACUCAUUGUUCGACAGGACUGCGGAGGAACUUUCUGGCCCGUUCAAUUUGUGCACUGUGACAUCUGCCCAUCUCGACUAAGCUGGGACUGAAUCUGGAUUCAUCUGGACAAGAUGCUCCUGCGUUUAGGAGGGUCCAGAGCGAUCCUGCUCUUCAGGAGGAGGGUGGGCAUAUCCUCUCGUUUUGCCCAUUUGGCUCCCCUAAGCACGGAGUAUCGACCAAUCAAAAAGGUCAUGGUGGCAAACAGAGGUGAAAUAGCCAUCCGGGUGUUCCGGGCAUGCACAGAACUUGGCAUCCGAACAGUGGCUGUAUAUUCAGAGCAGGACACCGGACAGAUGCACAGACAGAAGGCUGAUGAAGCUUACCUGAUCGGGAAAGGCCUGCCCCCUGUUGGAGCCUACCUGCAUAUCCCUGACAUCAUCAAAGUAGCUAAAGAAAAUAACGUAGAUGCCAUCCACCCUGGUUAUGGGUUUUUAUCCGAGCGAGCAGACUUUGCCCAGGCCUGUGCUGAUGCUGGGGUGAGAUUCAUUGGUCCUUCCCCAGACGUUGUGCUCAAGAUGGGGGAUAAAGUGGAAGCUCGUGCCCUUGCCAUGAAAGCAGGUGUUCCAGUGGUUCCCGGGACAAACGCUCCAAUCUCCUCUCUGCAGGAGGCUCAGGAAUUUGCUAAAACAUACGACUUUCCCAUCAUCUUUAAAGCUGCGUAUGGAGGAGGGGGCCGUGGCAUGAGGGUGGUCAGAGGAUAUGAGGAACUAGAAGAGAACUAUCACAGAGCAUAUUCAGAGGCUCUCGCUGCGUUCGGUAACGGUGCUCUGUUUGUUGAAAAGUUCAUCGAGAAACCACGACACAUUGAAGUGCAAAUUCUUGGUGAUAAAUAUGGAAAUGUUAUUCAUCUGUAUGAGAGGGAUUGUUCCAUCCAGAGAAGACAUCAGAAAGUGGUGGAGAUCGCACCUGCUGCCCAGCUGGAUCCUCACCUUCGAGACAGACUCACCUCAGACUCUGUCAGCCUGGCUAGACAGCGGCAUUACCCUGUCUAUCCGGUACAGUGGUCGACCGCCAUGGGCUUUUAA